AUGCCAUAAUUCAGACAAAAAGUGCUUAAAACUGUACAUUCAAAAGUAAAAUUUUCAUUAAUAAAGGAUGUUGCGAGAAGGAAAUAAAUUGCUUGCCAUAUUUAUAUUAAUGAUCUAGAUUCUGUUCCUGGAUAUAAAGCAUUAAAAAGUAUAUUUUAAUCUUUAAACAGAACAAAUAUGUAGAAUAUGUAUUUGUGAAGAAGAAUCCUCUAAAUUUAUUACUCCAUGUAAAUGCAAAGGAACCUCAGAGUUUGUUCAUUAAGAAUGUCUAAAAAUGUGGAUUCUAGAGUAAUAUGGAGUUAAUAAAAUCUAUAAUGAUGAGGUAAUUGAUUACCAUCUAAUCUUGUUAAGUUAUAUUGCGAAGUUUGCUAACAUAAAUUUGAAUUUGAUGUAGAUUUUAAUGACAGGUUCGAUAUUACAUAAUUUUAAAGAAUAAAAAAGAAAACAAAACUUUGUUGGCUUAUUCAAAUAUUUUUCAUCAUUCUAUUUAUUUUUGGAUCUAUUGAAAUUGCUUUGUAAUUUGGUAUAAACUCUUUGGCAACAGUUGCGAUUAUUGUUGUAUUUGGUCUCAUAACAAUAUCAUUAAUUAUUUACUUGAUUUUCAAUUUUAGUACUGCUCAUACUAUUUAAAUGAUUGAAAAUUGGAAUUUCCAGAAUUAUAAACCAAAACCUUCUCCAUCAAUGCCCAAAAAGAACACCAAGAAGAUAACCAAUCAUUUCAUUCGAGUCAAUUAAAUAUAUUUUACUUGA